AUGUGGGGGGGAAACCUCACUGCCCUGCCCGGCUUCAUCCUCUUGGGCUUCUCCAACUCCCCACAGCUCCAACCCACCAUCCUGUCCCUCUUCCUCUCCCUGUUCCUCCUCACGGCGCUGGGGAACCUCACCCUGAUCCUGCUCCUCAGGACCGACCCCCAGCUCCACACCCCCAUGUACUUCUUCCUGAGCCACCUGUCCUUCCUCGACCUCUGCCUCUCCUCCACCGUCGUCCCCAAGGCUCUGCAGACCUUCCUGCUGGGGAGCAGCCACAUCUCCUUCUUGGCUUGCUUUGCCCAGAUGUAUUUUUUCCUGGCUCUGGUCAUCUCCGAGUGCUUCCUGCUGGGGGUGAUGGCUUACGACCGCUUCGUGGCCAUCUGCACCCCCUUGCUUUACACCACCACCCUGUCCAGGGCCCGUUGCUACACCCUGGUGGGCUUGGUUUACACCACGGGCUUCCUCACCUCCUUGGUGCACACCCUGAUGGCGGGCAGGUUGUCCUUCUGCCAGGCCAGGAGCAUCGACCACUUCUUCUGCGAGCUGCCCGCCCUCCUGCAGCUCUCCUGCUCCCACGCCGGAGCCAACAACGUCCUGCAGGUCUCCAGUGCUGGGAUCAACAUCCUGGGCCCUGUCCUGAUGAGCCUGGUGUCCUACAGCUACAUCCUCCACACCAUCAUGAAGAUGCCCUUGGCCAGGUGGAAGGCUUUCUCUACCUGUGCUUCCCACCUGGUUGCCAUCACCAUCUUCUUCGGGUCGGGGUUGCUGGUCUAUGUCCAGCCCCACAGCAAGGAUGGGGCCAAGCUGGUUGCAGCCUGUUACGUGGUCGUGACUCCCAGUCUCAACCCCCUCAUCUACAGCCUGAGGAACAAGGAGGUGAAGAGGGCCCUGAGGAAGCUCUGGGUGAGAAAGGUGGUGCCACAUCUGGCCAGGCUUUGA